CGUAGGUAAAGCGUUGACUGUGCUGCUCCACUCUGGGGCCAAAGCAACGGUAGCACUGGAAGAAAGACAAAUGGUGGAGGAGCGCGUCAAGUCAGGGAGAAAAGGUCUGAGAAAGACCGGUAGCGCGGCUUACAUGGAGAGCUGAGAGCCGCUAUGAGCUCCACGUCCUCAAUGAUGUACAUAUCUCCGCUGCUGACAUUUAUUUUAUAUGUAUAUAUUGGAUUUUCUAACGCUGCACCUCGCAUCAAUCUUUACGAUGCGCCGCAACUGUCCAACGGGAAACCGGAUCCAGCCUCCGGCACCUGGGACACCUUCCGCACCGACUUGCCUUCUCAUCUUUACGGGAGAAGGCCGCCAACUGUCGGGCCUGUGGCAGCCGCUUUCCCACCGACUGAGGCUGAAACCUCCAUACUGCUUCACAACCCAGCCACUCGUGAGAGUGGAAAGCGCUCAGCCGCAGAUGAAUUAGCUGCGGCCAUUUCUAAAUUGUCCAGCGCACGGAAAAGGUCCACGGAUGGUCUACCGUACGUGGAGAAAACGCUGCAGACAACUGGGUCCAGACUUACUCAGCGGUCAGACAAUGAUGCCUGGGCUGCCGUUGCUACUCCGCUCUCUGGACCAUAUGUUUCACCACCAGAGAAUAGUCAAGAGCUCCUGUGUAACUGCAGCAGUGGGAACGAGGGGAUUUCAGAUCCCAACGAGUGUGACCAGACCACCGGUCAGUGUGAGUGUCUGACGGGAUACGCCGGCCUGCAGUGUGAGGACUGCUUUGAGGGCUUCUUCACAAAUGGCACCAGUGGCUGUCUGCCCUGUUCAUGUGACUCCUUCGGAGCCGUUGACCACCUCUGUGACAGCUCAGGAAUAUGUGUGUGCAAGAUGGGUGUGUAUGGCCCUAAGUGUGACGAGUGCCACCCAGGAUUCUUCCACUUCAGCACCACUGGCUGUCGACCCUGCCAGUGUAACAACCACACCAGCUACUGCCACCCACAGUCCGGAGUGUGUUUGAACUGUGAGGGAAACACACAGGGAUCUAACUGUGAGGUGUGUAAGCCUGCCUUCUACCGCCGCCAUGGAGCCGCACCGACGGAUGCCUGUUUACCGUGUCCCUGCUCCAACAGCACAUCCAGCGGCACCUGUCACAUAGAUUCCAGUGGUUCCCCAGUGUGUGACCAGUGCCUUCAUCAGUACAGCGGCUCACAGUGUGACAAGUGCAGCGCUGGCUUCCACAAAGUGUCUGGUGCCUGCGUUCCCUGCGACUGCAGCGGUAAUGCAGACCCUCGUGGCCCCGCCCAGAUCUGUCACCCUGACACAGGCCACUGCCUCCAGUGCAUCAACAAUACCGGUGGACACCAGUGUCAGCUCUGUGCUCCCGGGUUCACUGGAGAUGCCAAAGCGCACAACUGCAAGUGGAUGGACCCACGGAUCCUCCCCACAUCAGCAGCCAGAACCACAACACAAAGCAAAACUUCAGGUGCAUCCUCCAAGACUAGCACCACUUUGGCUCCCUCAGCUUCAACACUGAGCCACAACACAAGUGUGAUGGCGAGCACCACAACCACCACCACCACUGCGACCACCACCCAGGCCCUGCUGACCAGCCUGAGCAGUCCCACAGACAACACCACUGCGGCUCUGACGGAAGUCUCCUGGACCCAGUUUCACAUCAUUAUCCUGGCCGUCAUCAUCCUGGUGGUGGUGGUGCUGCUCGGCUUCGUUGGAGGUGUGUACAUGUACAGAGAGUACCAAAACCGCAAACUCAACGCCCCCUUCUGGACCAUAGAGCUGAAAGAAGACAACAUCAGCUUCAGCAGCUACCACGACAGCAUCCCCAAUGCUGACGUGUCGGGCUUGCUGGAGGAUGAGGCAACAGAGGUGGCGCCCAAUGGCCAGCUGGCGCUUACCACACAGGGAAACUGCUACAAGGCCUAGCACACCCUGUCCUCCCUAUAGCUAUAUUUAGAGAUAACAAAAGCUGCUGGAAAUGACCAAAAUCCAAAGCUCUUCCCAUGUCUGACUGCUUCUUCUUAAGCUGCUUGGCCUCAACAUUUCAUAACACAAACCUCUGCAAUGAAGUGGAUGUGAUCCAAGAGAGGAGACGUUUUACGUUUUUAAUAGGGUUUUCUCUCCUGGAGUGAAGCGAUUGGUAAGAAUGAGCCAAAGAAAAAAAGGCUACAUCAUAAGUGGUACCUGUAGGUGGCAUCGUUCUGCAGGAAAAUUGGUAUCAUAUGAGACAAGGUUGUCAAAUGGAUGACACAUAAAGCAGAUAGAGAACUGGAGACAGGAGUCUAGCAUUUCCCCUUUGUUAAAAAAACAACUGGACCGUGGAAUUUGGGAGUGGAUCACUCGGAGCAGUGGUCCAAUCAAACUAAGACAAUGAUUGUUAUUUAAUGAAUUUUUAAUUCUGUUCUUAUUUAUUGAUCGAUGUUUUGUUCCUGGGAGAAAUGCUGCACAUGUUGUAUGACGUGUUUAUUCAUGUUGUUUUAUCUUUCGUGCUGUUGAACGGUAAAUUCUGAACAGGCCAGUAUGUUCACAUGUGUAGUUUGUGUUUUUGUAGAAAAUACAAAGGCUGCUGGUACAAGCUUUUCUUACAACCUCAUGUUUUAUUCGGUGUUCAUGGCUUCUCAUAUGUCAAAGCGAUACUGCAGGGGUUUUUUUUGGUUCUUUUUUUGUUUUGUUUUUUAAGGUGUAGUUUUACGAGGACGAAAAGUCAAAGCUAAAUGUUCUAGAGAGACUUAACAAAAAGAUAUUUUAAAAAAUCUCCACCUGCUUAUGUCUAUGAUAUCUCAUUCUCUGAUUUGAAACUGACGUUUGUGAUGUCAUAAUUCUUCUGCACCAUAGUCUAAACUCAAAACAUUCUUCUGUAUUCAUAUUUGAACCAAGAUAAGGCAAUUUUAAAUAAGGAGCCCUUCACUCAUCACUUGGAAAUUUUGUCUUCUGUACAUUUAACUUAAUUUAAAGGAUCAUUCUGAAUGUAUUAGAUAAUAAUUAAAUAAUUAAUUAGAUAAGACAUUAUAAAAAUGAGGCAGGUAAACUCAAUGUUUCAAAUUACAUGAACACAUCUUAGCAGUUUAUUUUUCAACUUUUUUUUCCCCAGAAGCAAAAGUUGAACUCUGGCAUAUUCAAAUUCUAGUCUUUCUUUGGGGUUUUGCUUUGCAUUAGAGGUAAAUGAUUACUCAUUGAGAAACUGGGAUUAGUGAGUGUGAAACUAGGAUUCGUUGGUAACAAAAACACCUUUUCAGUCCUAAAAUAAGGCAUUGGUAUCAAAUACAAUUAGUCCCUGAGUGGAAAUGGUCAAAAUAGAGAGUUAUUUAAGGCCUAAGUAUUUGUGUAUUUUUACUGGACAAGUCUUGAGUUUGACGUCCAACUAAAUAACUAGUUAGACUAGUUUUACGGUCAGCUGGCUUCACUUCAGAGUCAGUGCUGUCUGUGUCAUAUUGCGGCGCUUCAUCUCACCUGACCAAUCCCUUUGUUAAAAAGAGUUCCACCUUAUCUGAUAAGAUCACUCCUUGCUUAUAUGUAAGGAGUGUUUGUCUUACUGAUAAGAGCAGGACAGCGUGGGCUUGUUACGUAAACUCCUACUCCUAAACAAAUCUGCUCUCUGUUUCUACCUCAGUGGCCAUUCCCAAAAUUCCCCCCACUUCCGCCGUGUGUGAUUGGAAAUUGUGGAGGUUGGGCUCUGUGAUUCAUUACCUGCCAGCCAAAAUAUUCACAACACCAGUGACAGUACUUUCAUAGAGUGAAACCAAUAUCGGCGAUGUACAAAGGCGGCCUACAAUUAGUCAUGGUUACACAAUGAAGUUUUACCAACUCAGAAUCAUACCAGUGCACCUGGCCCUGCUCCUAGAUCCUAUGUUGUCUCUGUUGUUUUUUAGCUUGCUUUGAAACAGUGCGCUUGUUUUUAAUACCACGCUGAACAAAUAAGUAAAGCUAAUUACAGACUUAACUCCUCAGGUACUGGCUUUUUCCUUAAUGUGAUAAGUGUAAAUAUAAUGACUGUACAGAUUAAUGUGAAUAUUAGCACUAUUAAUGUACAGGUAGUAUACUGUGUGUACACUGUUGACUGGACAUGUUCUCAACCUUCCACUGUUCAGAGUGUGAUGCUGUCAUCAGCCUUCAGUUGUUUUUUGGGGGAUUUUUUUGUUGUGCUUUUGUUUGUUUUUUUCCAUAACAUCUGCCAUAUAAACCACCACGGCACUGAUAACUACACCGUGAACUUUAUCAAAAGGGUGUAAAUAUUGAGCCUCAAAAGUCGAAUAAAAAAUGGGUAUAACUGUA